AUGGAAGCAGCACCAAGACAUCGUGCUCAUCUUGGAGCACUUCUUCCCUUCUUCCCCAAUGAGCAGGAGCAGCUGGACUGGAGCAGUUUCCUGUCUGAGACUUUCCCUGCUGAGUCAGAAGUCACCUAUUUGUCUGCGGAUGAGAUGGAUGACGCUUGCCAGGUCUAUCUUCGACCUUUCAUGCUCAGCUGGAAGAGAGAAGCCGGGAACAAAGGUUACGUGAUGCAGGAGAACUUCAGGAACCUCAUCCAGCUCAUUUUGGCAAAGGGGUUUGAGACCUCCUCUAGCAUAACCGGUGUGGAGCUGCCAGUGAUUUCGAAACAUCACGCAAAGCUCAUUCAGGGCGCGGCCAUGCACAUGCCCAGUAUCGAGCCAAAUUGCCUUCCUGCAAACAGCAUCAGUAUGAUCAAAGGCUGGAGCAGAGCAUGUGCCAUGCACUUGGUUCUGAAGUUGUGCUGUGAAGUUGGCAUUUUGGACCAGUACAUGAAGUACUUGGGCGGCAAGGUCAAAGGUUUCAGUACAGUCUAUGCCAACUUCAGACACUACAAGGAAGACGAGGACAUCGUGGACAUCAACAGAGACAUCACAUUGGCUUCCACUUUGACCCGAACCAAAGCAAAUUGCUUUGUCAACUUGCACCAGAUUGAGCGGAAAGCAUUGCUGCACAAUGGCGACAUCUCCGUGCAGAUGACGCAGUUUCUGGAGGGCAUGGCUGGCUUCAACCUGAGUCCUGCUGAGGAAGCUGCUACGAAGAACCUUCUUUUGUUCAUGAACAAGGAGCAGAGAUCCAAGCUUGCAAGGAUUGGGACCACCUACGGCAUGGCGCGUGGCCCGUUCUCCCAUGCGUCCAUUGGAUGCAAAGGGCUCAGAUUGGGCUACAAGCCCAACUGUGAAGAUGAGUGGUGGGAUCAAAGAAUGGCCAGCACUGCAGAGACCCAGGACAUGAUCAUCAAUCGCAUCUUCGGCAACUGGAUUGGAUUGCCAACUGGGCUUCGAAAGACAGCUGAUGAAGCGACAAUCUUUGCUAUGCAGAAGAUUUGCCGAUGUUUCCAGCUUUACUUGGAGAACUUGCACAGCAAGCUGCCGGCAUCGAAUUUCAACAGCGAGAGGGAUAAGCUGAUGGCUGCCUUUGACAUGGGCACCAUGGAUGAUGUUCUCAAAGCAGGUGCAGAUGCCCAACCAGCCAUUGAUUGCUCCAGGAUUCCUGAGUUCGAAGUUGUGCUGGACAAGUUGAACAGUGAGGUUGUCCUCCAAGCUGCUCAAAAAAGGGCAGAUCUGCAGAAGUCACUCGAGAGUGCAACGUUCAUGUCCCUGGUGGAGGAUUUGAAGCAAGAUCAGGUGAAGAUCGAGAAGUACAUGAGUGCAUUGGAUGCAUCCAGGGCCAACUGGAGCCAGUCACUUAGUGCACAUAAGAGACACCGCCGCCAGACAGGUUUGCAGAGGACCCUUGACUUCAUGAAGAUGCGCCUGGACGUUGGAACAAUGGCUGGUGAAGAAGUUAUUGCAGAUAUUCCCAAGCACUACAGCGUCUUCAAAGCAUUUUCUGGUCGAGAGAACCAGGGCUUUGGACAUGAUGAGACGUGUGAAGCUUAUGUUUAG